UCAUCCUCCCUGCCCAAGGACUCAAAAGUGCAUUUUCCUGGGUUUCUUGUGUGCCGUCAGCCUUGCUUCAAAACUUCUCUCUUACAUGAGUUGCAGUGGCCUAAAUACUUAGUUUGAGGAUAUCGUUCUUGCUAUUCGGCCCACACAAUUACGUAUCCGCUAAUCGACAGGUUCCCCUCCACCACCCACUCCUAUUCCCUCCCAUCAUCGAUAACCUUGGAACUCUCAAGCUGCUUCGCCUGCUCGUAACACCAAGAAACAUUGUCCUACAACUUGCCUUCGCACUCGUACCGGAAUAAUGGCAGACGAAGAGACCCUCUCGCCGCCCAGGCGAUCUGGUACCAGCGACCCUGGCGCCCACGAUCUAGCAAAUGCUUCCGACUCUGAGGACCACUUUUCCGAUGCGCAAUCUGCUCCCCUCAGUCCCGGAACGUCGCCGAUCCCCAAAACUCGCGUAGAAAAAGUCGACGACGAACCGUCAUACGGUGAGGUACCUGGAACAGAGGCCUACCGCUUGAGGGAGGGGGACGCUGAGCCGGAUGAGAUUGCUAUUCAGGAGAAGAAGAGCGAUUCGUUGUCGUCUGAGGAUGGCGCACCCAAGUCGCCUGUCAUCCCCAAGACUGUCGUCGAGGAGGCGCCGGGUUCAUCAGGUCCUCACUCAGAAGAGUUCCUAGAGAAGCGCAAGGCAGACGCCCCAGCCGACUUGGUUGUGAAGCCGGAAGGCAAGACCGAGGAGGGCGACAGUUCCGAUUCUCCCCCUGUAUCACCUGCGCUGUCAGACCUAGGUUCGCCCCGCAUGGACCAGAAGCCGUCUAACACGGAACCAUCGUCUACCCCAUCCAGUGCAAGUCUCGCACCACCACCCGGUGAGGAUGAUGACGAGGGCGACGACGACGAUUUUGGUGACGACUUUGACGACUUUGAGGAGGGUGCCGAGGCCAAUGGUGACUUUGACGACUUUGACAACGGCUUUCAAGAACCGGAAUUUGAAGCUCCCGCACCGGCCUCGGCACCCAGUUUGCCACAAGUACCAUCAUUACCUUUCGACAUACCCGACUUUGACGGCUUAGACGGUGAAGACGUCUUGCAAGCCGUCGACUCGUAUCUCAACACACUGUUCCCACCUGAAGACUUGGACGUGUCCUCUCCUCCACCAAUAACCAAAGAAAACCCCAUCUUCCUCACACCACGUAGCGCGUCCUUGUGGUCACAAUUAGUGGCACCCCCGCCGUUGGCGCCGCCAGACUGGAUCCGCUCUCGCAUCCGCCGUCUGUUUCUGGUCUCUCUGGGCGUGCCGGUCGAUCUGGACGAGAUCCUCCCGGCCUCCAAGCAGAAAAAGCUCGUGCUGCCAUCAUUACAGGUUACGACGUCCGGCUCGCCGCGGACAUCCUCAGAUUCUCGCUCAGUAUCAAGAGUGCGACAGUCCGAGGCCAACGCCUCGUCAACGUCGGUUGACUCAAAGGGGAAGCCGUCGGCGUUCAAGAGGAAAGGCCCGCUGCCAGUGCCAGAGUUGGAUCUCGUGUCAGCCAAGCAGCUCUGCACGACUACAGACGAAGCCCUAAACGGCAUGACGGACAACGAGCUCAAGGCCCAUGUCGAGAAACUCAAGGCAAUGGAGGGGACGGCAACGGAGGUGCUGGAAUACUGGACCAAGAAAACGGACGAAAAGAUAGGCGACAGAGAAGCCUUCGAAGGCGUGAUAGAAAACCUCGUCAAGCACGCACGGAAGGUCAGGAAAUAAUGAAUAGAGAGAUGGGCUCAAUCAUCGCCGAGGCCUAUCUACCAGCAUACACCCUCCCGUCUAGUUUUCCAUGCACGUUUUCCCUGUGAAACCCGUGACACACGCCCGCCCAAAUGGACCUCGAAAGCUUGCGAAUUCCCAG